GGCAAUGGCCACGGCAGAGACUGGCUCGCCGGUGUCGCUUUCCUUAUUAGCAGCCCAAUGCACCGCGCUCUCCGCCAACCCUCCCCGCUUUCUCCCCCUCGCCGCCGUUCUUGCAGUUUGGUGGCUCUUCACGCUCCUCCUCCACUGGGCCUCCCCCGGCGGCCCUGCCUGGGGGAAGUACUGGUGGAGCAGAGGACGGCCCCUGUUCCCAGGCGCUACCGCCAUCCCCGGCCCCCGCGGCCUCCCCGUCUUCGGCAGCAUGGGCCUCAUGUCGGGGCUUGCCCACCGCAAGCUCGCUGCUGCGGCGGACGCCAUCCCUGGCGCCCGCCGGCUCAUGGCGCUAAGCCUCGGCCACACGCGCGUGGUCGUCACCUGCGACCCGGAAGUGGCCAGGGACAUCCUCAACAGCUCCGACUUUGCCGACCGCCCGGUCAAGCAGUCGGCCUACAGCCUCAUGUUCCACCGGGCCAUCGGGUUCGCCCCCUACGGGGCCUACUGGCGCGCCCUCCGCCGCGUCGCCGCCACCCACCUCUUCUCCCCCAAGCAGGUCGCCGCCUUCGCCCUCCACCGCGCCGAGGUAGCCGCCGAGAUGGUGCGCGCCCUCGACGGCCUCGUCGCCGCCGGUGGACCCGUCCAGGUGAGGACCGUCCUGAAGCGUGCCUCCCUUAACCACGCCAUGCGGUUCGUCUUCGGAAGGCAGUACGCAAUCGGGUGCGAGAGCCAGGAGGCGAUGGAGCUGAGAAGCCUAGUGGAGGAAGGCUACGACCACUUGGGGAAACUCAAUUGGGCCGACCAUCUGCCUUUUCUCUCUAGCCUCGACCUGCAACGAGUCCGGGGGGACUGCUCCGGCCUCGUCAGCCGAGUCAACCGGUUCGUGACCCGCAUCAUCGAGCAGCACCGAGUCGACCGUGAGCUUGACUCGGCAGCGCCGCCUGGCGAUUUCGUCGACGUUCUGCUAUCCCUCGAAGGCCCCGACAAGCUAUCGGACACCGACAUGGUCGCCGUCCUCUGGGAGAUGAUAUUUCGCGGUACGGACACCGUGGCGGUGCUGAUAGAGUGGGUGAUGGCUAGGCUGGUGAUGGACCGCGAGGUGCAUGGGAAGUUGCAGGCGGAGCUGGACGACGCGGACUGGGCGGUGACGGGAACCGAGACAUUCCUCGCGCCGCCGUAUCUGCAAGCGGUGAUCAAGGAGACGCUGCGGAUGCACCCGCCGGGACCGCUGCUCUCCUGGGCCCGCUUGUCCACGUCGGACGCCAGCGUGGGCGACGGCGCCUACGUGGUCCCUGCGGGGACCACCGCCAUGGUCAACAUGUGGGCCAUCGCACGGGACCCGAGGGUGUGGCCCCACCCGCUCCGGUUCGACCCGGCGCGGUUCACCGGCCCGGCGGCGGAGUUCACGGUGAUGGGGUCGGACCUGCGGCUGGCGCCGUUCGGGGCGGGGAGGCGGAGCUGUCCCGGGAAGGGACUGGCGAUGGCGACGGUGGAGCUGUGGGUGGCGGCGCUGGCGCAGGCGUUCGAGUGGCGGCCACCCUCCGAGGAUUGCGCAAGCGUCGAUCUUUCAGAGGAGCUGAGGCUGUCAUGCGAGAUGGCUUCGCCGUUAUCCGUACGACUGCGGCGGAGGCCAGCUCAGCGAGUAGUGGCUUGAUUAAAAUACAGUGGUUUAAUAAUAAUAAUAAUAAUAAUUAUUAUUAUUAUUAUCGGUUUUUUUAAGAUAUAUAAUUGAAAGCAAAUUAAAUCCUCCGUCCUCAAUAUCACAUGUCCCCGUGUUCAACUCGUCGUCCCAAUCCACCAUCAGCGGCUUUCGGCCACCGUCUCGAUCAACACUAUAAUCCUUAGAGAAGGUGAACCUAAGGAGAUCGCCAUUGACACAAUUGACAUCGGAAUCGGCCAGAUCUGAGCAAACUUUCCUCAACAUCGAUCUAAGUCCCUGUUCAGAUUCUGUCGAAUUUCGACGCCGAUCGUACCGAUGACAAUUCCUUUGGAUUUACCUUCCCUAAGGAUUAUAGUAUUAAUCGGGACGAUGAUCGAAGGCCGCCGAU